GCUGGGCCUACCCGCCCUACGACCCUUGCCCAUCCAGAACCCCACCUGCCGCUAUCCGCUACCAUGUCGUCUUCGGGUCUGGGCCUGCACGCUGGGGGCCACGCGGGAUGUCCACCAUCAUCAACGUCUCUCCUCCCCCCUGCCAUAUCCGCCACUCCUGUGCUUUCUCUCGACUGUUGACUUCAUGCCUUGGCCUCGUCUCUUUGCCCUUUUUGGUAGCCGAGUGGUGGAUAUUUCCCCGGUUUUGGAGAUGGCCGCCGCGCGCGUCAUCCGACACCGUUGGACGGUGCCCACAACGGGGUCUGGCCGUCUCUCGAGUCCCUCGGUCACACACCCCGGUCAAGUGAACCCUGACCUUUUUGCCCGGAUGAUCUUGCCUGGAUUCACCAUGGUGCCGCCUCCUUUAUCAUGGCCUUCCGCCUUCCAGCCGUUCUGUCGCCGGUUUUGUCCAGCUUGGUUAUCUCAUCCCCGAGCUUGUACUUUUGUCCCACCAACCAUUAUCACUGUCUCCCUUACCUAGCUCCUAUUCGUUCGUCGUCCAGUUGAAAUCAGGACCUAAUUCACUCCGAUCCUUAUAUACGUCUACUUAUCCGCCGCCAGUCCGGGUUUACACUCGUCCGCCGGAUAUUCUCCUGUUGCUUUCAGGGUUCCCGGCCACAACAGCAAAGGGGCCAACCUCUGUGUCCGUCCUUUCACUCUCCCGCCCAUCGUGUACAACACCCACCGUCUGGAACACGAUGGUGGCCACAUUAUGUUGAUGUCGAGGGCGUUGCACGUCCUUUCGCUAGGCCUGUCAGUAUUUGCCGACGCUGAUCCUGGCUCUGGACCUCAAAGUGUCCAAAACAAACCUUGCUCUCUCGAAGAAAUUUGGGCGGCUGGUGGCUUAGCAAGGCCGGUGGGCGCACUCUCCGCGGAGCCAACACAGCGACGACUCAACCAAGUACAACGCAAAGCUCCGGUAUCUUGGGAUCUAUGGAGAUAUGGACCAAAUCAAGAUCCGGGGUUCGUUCGAAUCCUCGACGUAAAAAAGACCAAGAAAAAUCUUGGAGUGAGACAGGAACCACUCAGCCUGGUAUCUAUACUCAUUGCGACGACCACAGCAACUACUACAAAAACAGCCACUUCAUUUGUAGCCACGGUCGUUUCAACAUUCACACAGACCCUUACUUUUCUCAACCCUACACUUCAAACACAAACACAAACGGUUGCCAUCACGUCUGUCAUUGCUCGGGGGAAAAGGUCCCCUAGGACUAUUAUUCCUAAAAAUGCCCUAGCAGCGACAACAGGUUAUACGUUUACAACAGCCGCAGAUGUACCCCCAGGCUUUCUUCUCUCCCGCGAAAAGCGGCAGGCUGGCCAGACAUCUGUGGUGGCCGAUAUUCCGGCUAUUCAAACAUCGGCCACCACGGUAACAGCAACAACGACCAUAACUGUUGGGGCAGGGACCCGCACGCGGAUAAUUACUAUUUUCGCCACAGUAACGGUGGCACCUAAUGCUAAAACAACUAUCUUCACUACCACAACAAUAUUUACAACCUCAACUGCGAUCACCACUAGUGCCGCCGGAGAGCCAACUACUGUCACAAACCCAGUGGCUCCUGGAGGAACCACGCGAGAUCCUGCACUCAGCUCCGGAGCCGGCACCACCAGCGAGACCAGCACUGGCGGGACAUCGACCGCUGUGACACCAACAACUGCCACAAGCUUGCCAUCCACUUCGGUAACGACAUCAGCCAGCAUCCCACCGACUUCGACUGCUACCAUAACCGACACCUCCAGCGGAACCGCAGGCCCUGGCACUUCGGCGCUGCCUUCUCCGACCGCUGGACCUCCGCACGGCUCCGCAGUCCCGGGCUCCAUCCUCAGCUCCGACCAGAUAGCCGGCAUCGUGCUCGGGCUAAUCUUCUUCAUCUUCCUCCUCAUAAUAAUGUCUUUACUACUGCGCCGCCUGAUCCAGAAGCGCCGGGCGGCCCAGGCGGAACGGCGCCACGGGCUCGGCCUCGACCUGGGUGCGACGGCCCCGUCCGGCCCCUCCCUCGCGGCGUCCGACUCGACGCCCGGCGACGCCAACCGGGUGCGCAUCGUGAUCCGGCCGGCACCCCCGCCGCGUGGCGCCUCCGCCUCCGGCGCCGCACCCGACGACCAGCCGCGGUGGCCGACGCCGCCGCCGGGGAGCGACUGGGGCCCGACGCUCUUCCUGGACAACAACGGCAACACGCACGGGCGCAACUCGCCCGCCGCUGCCGCCGCCGCCGCCCCGCCCGACUCGCGGCGCUGGAGCAUCACGAGCGACUUUGGCGGCACCCCCGGCCUGGGCCCUCCCGAGCCGGCCGUGGUGGCGGCGGCGGCGGCAGGGGCGUCGGGUGCGGUACGCUACUCGGGCGUGCCGUCGUCCGGGGUCAUGGGGCGGUUCAGCGUUGCUGAUGGUAGCAGUGUUGAGCGUGAAAGUCCGGCGCGCGGAGCCGAGCACACGGCCGCCACCGGCGGUGACGGGAGCGGAAACGUUAGUGGGGGGUGAAAGCGGGAGCAGCGGCGCCCCCCGGACGAGACUUUCCCCUCCCCCGACCCGCAGCAGACCAGGUUAUAAUAUGGGGAGCGUAGGCAUUGGUCGUGCAAUAUAAUGUCACUUUUUCUUUACAUAAAUCAAAAGGUAUUGGCUUUUUGUGAUGGUACAGAUUAUAUUCUACAUACGCCGUCUCAAGAAUCUUGGGGCGAAAAGCAAAGCAAGCAGCCUGAUUUUCACCG